AUGGCCAACGAUGAGUUUGACGAUGAGUUUGACGACGACAUUGAUGACCAAGAUUUCCUCUCGGCCUUUGAUCAAGUUGAUUCAGGUAUUUUCAAGAAGCCAGGGACACAGAAGAAGUCUACACUAGGGGCGAAUGCUACCCAGCAGAUUGCACAUCCCAAACCUGCCACCGCGGCCGUCGCCUCGUUGGUGCUCGACGGCUUGUCAUCCGGUGACUUCUGCGCUGAACCUGAGCGACAGGUUCCCGCACGAGUUUCAGCAGGAUGGAUGCAAGAAUCCAAUCGGCCAUCAGCGCGCACUGGGCUUACCCGUGCCAAUUCCUCGACAUACCGACAGACAACACUCUGGGGAACUGACGCAUUGGAGGGGCCCACACAAUCGUCUCAACCAGCCGGUGCAAGAGUUUAUAGGGGAGACCAAGCGCGUGAGGAGCCUAGCCAUCACGAGCUUGACCUUGAGGCCAUGAAGACUUGGGUGUUCCCAACCAACCUCGGCACCAUUCGAGACUAUCAGUUCAGUAUCGUCAAGAAUGCACUGUUCAACAACACGCUCGUAGCGUUGCCUACUGGCCUUGGGAAAACCUUUAUUGCCGCCACAGUCAUGCUGAACUUUCACAGAUGGACGAAAUCGGCAAAGAUUGUCUUUGUGGCGCCAACGAAGCCGCUCGUGGCACAGCAGAUUGACGCGUGCUACCAUAUAGCUGGCAUCCCCCGGUCCGAAACCACCCUCCUCACGGGAGACAUCCCGCCAGCCUUGCGAGUGGAUGAAUGGGCAACGAAGCGCGUCUUCUUCAUGACACCGCAGACACUCCUCAACGACCUCUCACAUGGUUAUGCCGAUCCAAAGAGCAUCGUGCUCAUGGUCAUUGACGAGGCUCAUCGUGCCGUCGGAGAGUAUGCGUACGCAAAAGUCACCAAACUCAUCCGUCGAUUCUCAACAAGCUUCCGCGUGCUGGCUUUGACUGCAACCCCAGGCUCCAAGGUAGAGACCGUCCAGGAGAUCCUCGACAACCUUGGCAUUUCCCACUGUGAGAUCCGGACGGAGGAUUCCAUCGACAUUCAGCAGUACGUCCACCAGAGAAACAUUGACCAGAUGGUCCUCGAACCGUCAGAUGAAAUGAACCUUGUUAGCGAGCUCUUCACGGAGGCGCUGAAGCCUCUGGUCGACAAGCUGAGCGCCCAAAACAUAUACUAUGGACGAAACCCAAUGGCACUUACUGCGUACGGCCUAAUGCAGACACAGCGGGAAUGGUUCGCAACGCGCGGGCAUACUGCCAACCAAGGCAUCCAGUUUAUGAUGAGAGCAAUCUUCGGCGUCCUUACGAGCCUGGCUCAUUCAAUAAAGCUGCUAAACUAUCACGGCAUCAAGCCCUUCUAUGACAACCUCGUCGACUUCCGCAGUGAACAGGAAGGAAGGGGAGACAAGGGAUCGAAAUAUAAGCGACAACUCGUCGAGCACCCGAGCUUUCAGGACAUGAUGAAGAAAAUUUGCACCUGGCUCAAGACGGACGGCUUCGUCGGGCACCCGAAGCUGACGGCGUUAGCGGACUGCGUCUUGAACCAUUUCAUGGAUCGGGGCGAGGGCUCAGGAACGCGAGUCAUUGUAUUCAGCGAGUACCGAGAUUCCGCGGAAGACAUUGUUCGCAUGUUCAACAAGCACAGGCCACUCAUCAAAGCAAGCGUCUUCGUCGGUCAGGCCGACGGCAAACGAGGAGAGGGCAUGAAGCAGGCGCAACAGAUUGCGACGAUUGACAAGUUCAAGAAGGGCGAGUUUAACGUCUUGGUCGCCACGUCUAUUGGCGAAGAAGGACUUGACAUUGGCCAAGUCGAUCUAAUCGUCUGCUACGACGCGUCGGCGUCCCCGAUUCGAAUGCUGCAGCGGAUGGGUCGGACCGGCCGAAAACGAGCCGGGCAGAUUGUCCUGCUCCUGAUGAAGGGCAAGGAAGAAGAUCAGUUUGCCAAGUCCAAGGAUAGCUAUGAGAAGAUGCAACAGCUCAUCUGUGAAGGGAGCCGCUUCGAAUUCCCACGAGAGCAUUCGAAGCGCAUCGUUCCUCGAGACAUUCGCCCCGAGGUAGACAAACGACAAGUCGAUAUACCGGUGGAAAAUACCCAAGAUAAUUCGCUGCCGGAGCCCAAGAAGCGGCGAGUGCCAGCUGGGAAGAAGAAGCCACCGAAGAAGUUUCACAUGCCGGAUGGAGUGGAGACUGGCUUCCAGACACUGUCGCAUUUCAUGGGCACGGGAAAGAAAGCCAGGAAGGCGGAGCCGCAGCGAAACAGCGAACUGGACGACGUUGUGGAUGUACCUGAGUUGAGGAGCGUCGUGCUCACGCAAGAACAAACGCUGGAGUUGGACCGCUCUUACCGAGAUUUGCCAUUCAAUCACAGCGUGGUUGAGGAGGCGUCCAUGCCCAACCUGGCGGCAUACCCUAAGCUGCAGAGGACGCUUCAACCGGUCGUUAACGUGAAGCACGGCCAAUUUACAAAGCGAUGCGUGCAAGCUUUCGGCAGAAUGGGCACAACGCCUGACGGGCUGUUGAGGCCUUGCCGGACGGUCGACAGCAGCAACUACCUGGAGGUACCGGCCAAGCCGUUUGUGAACUCUGAUGGGGAAGAGGAGACCGAGCAUGGUUCGAGAGGAGGGGACGAGAGGCAAGUCCACAUGACCGGGAAGCGAGCACCACCGCAUGCUCGUUCUCGUGGUCGCGAUUCUGAAGAUGAGCCGAAACGGAAGAAAAGGAAGACGGCCGACGGCACAGCUCCCUUGCGUCCACCUCGAGAGGAAGAUGUGGAGGACACGGAUGGAGAUGAUGAGGAGACGGACGAGCCUGGCUUGCCAAAACGACUCAAAGGGCGGCGCAGACCUCCGAAGGGUGGAAAGGCCCAGGGCAGAUAUGGCAAGGGCGGAAUCAACAGCGACGAGUUGGGCGAUGAUUGCGUGCGAGACAGCGACAUGAUGGAAAGCAGCGGUUCGGACGACGGAUCGGAUCUGCAAGAUUUUGUCGUGGCCGACAACCAGGCAACCUCGAGCAUGAUGAACUCGCAGACUACGUUGGCCGCUUCUCCGUCAAGCCAAAGAACACAUCUGCGGCAACAAGACGAGCCAUUCUUUGUGCCCACCCAUUUCUCCGCGACACAGGACAGCGAGGGGAUUCCGGACGUCGAGACGUUGAUGGGCACGACGCAGAAUAGCAGACAAGGCGGCAUCGAUGGUGACUCGGAGGCCGAAUCGGCGAAUAUUACGGCUCGAACGGCUCGAACGGCUCGGGCCAGGCGUCAACUGUUGGACAGCGACGGCGACAGCGACGCGUAG